AAAAACCUCCCCACUUUCCUUCACUUUUGAGCUUUCAUAUUUAGACUUUUCAUAAACUAUCACACCAAAAUCAACAUCCACACACAUAUGCAUAUUAGUCUCACAACCAUCCCAAACUCGAAGUCCAAAAAUGGCCUUCAACAAGCAGCCCAAAAAACCCAUUUUCUCUUUACAAUCCAGCCUCGCCACCACCCUUUUCUUCAUUGUCCUCUUCACCAUUCCAGCUCUCCUCCUCCUCCACACCCCCACCACCUCCCUCUGCACCACCUUCUCCCCCGGCAGAAAGCCAUGGUCCGGUGAUCUCCGAACCGCAGAAUUCUCAUGGAAUCGUCUAAACUUCCCCGAAAAACACCCCCCACCGGCCUCUCUCAAGGUCGCUGUUUUCUCGAGGAAAUGGCCCAUCGGUGCCACCCCGGGUGGCAUGGAGCGCCACGCUCACACCCUCCACACUGCCCUUGCUCGCCGCGGCCAUCAAGUCCACGUCUUCACUUCUCCACCUCUAGGUGCAACCGUUCCAUCUCUUUCUCAACAACUCAUCCAUGAAGGAAGUGAUCAAAUUUUGUCACCAAUCAUUCAUUUCCACGAGGGUGAUCCGGGGAGGUGGCGUUACAACAAAGCAUGGGAGCAGUUUGAGGAAGAGAACCAGCGAGAGCCCUUUGACGUGGUUCACUCGGAGAGCGUGGCACUUCCUCACUGGUUAGCUCGCCGCCUUCCCAACCUCGCGGUCUCAUGGCAUGGCAUAGCUCUCGAGAGUGUCCAGUCUGACAUAUACCAAGAUUUGGCGCGUCGGCCAGGUGAGCCUGCAGCUGCCAACAAGAGCCUACUAGGGUUGAUCCCAAAAGUGCUGAAUGAAAUUAGAUUUUUCAUCCAUUACUCUCACCAUGUCGCGAUAAGCGACAGCUGUGGCGAAAUGCUAAGGGAUGUGUAUCAGAUCCCUAGCAAAAGAGUUCAUGUGAUUGUCAAUGGUGUAGAUGAGGCUGACUUUGGAGAAGAUUGGAGAUUAGGUCAUGAAUUUAGGUCUAAGAUUGGCCUCCCACAAAAUUCAAGUUUAGUCCUAGGUGUUGCAGGUAGACUAGUGAAGGACAAAGGCCAUCCUCUACUAUAUGAAGCCUUUUCCAAGCUCAUGACCAAGCACCCUAAUGUCUACUUGAUUGUGGCCGGUUCGGGACCGUGGCAGAACCGGUACAAGGAGCUAGGUCCACAAGUGGUGGUCCUGGGGUCCAUGAAUCCAUCUGAGCUAGGAGCCUUUUAUAAUUCGAUUGACAUUUUCGUGAACCCUACGCUUAGACCACAAGGACUCGAUCUUACUCUCAUGGAGGCCAUGAUGAGUGGAAAACCGGUGAUGGCGUCGAGGUUUGCUAGCAUCAAAGGUACUAUUGUUGUGGAAGAUGAGUUCGGGUUCAUGUUCUCUCCGAACGUUGAAUCGCUAUUGGAAUCGUUGGAGAAGGUGGUGGCUGAGGGUGCCAAGAGGCUGGCUCAGAGAGGGAAAGCAUGCAGGAACUAUGCAGCUUCAAUGUUUACUGCACGUAAGAUGGCAUUGGCAUAUGAGAGGUUGUUUCUUUGUAUCAAAAAUGAAACAUUUUGUACGUACCCUUAGCAACAUACAUACUUUGUAAUUUUAGUUUUUUGGGGGUUUACUUAUUUUGAUAUAUUCUUUUAGCUUCUUCUUCUUAUAUUAUCCAAUUAAUUUCUGUAUUCAGUCUAAAUCUGGAUGUCUAUGAGAAAUAUAGAGAUAAAGAGUAAUGGUAUUUAUAAGUCA